UAUUUCUUUCUCCAGACUUAAAAAUCGGAGUAUUACGUGAUGUGAAAAUUAACUGCGGCCCUAACUAUGGCAGACAGCAACGAAGCUGGAAGGAAAUUGAGAGCUAAGGAGAGGAAGACAUACACUGAUGAGGACCUUGAUGAUGACGACAUUGAGGGAAAGAGGGCCUUCAACUUGGAGGAGAAACUCCAGUCCAAGAAAUACAACAAAAACUUUGUCAAGGUCAUGAAAGGUCAUGAAUUGAACAUGAGUUACCUGCAGGCCAAUGGAUUGGAGGCACCCAUUGUGAUGUAUGACAAGACUGGACUAGGAAUGAGAGUACCGAGUCAGAACUUCCGAGUUAAUGAUGUAAAACAGUGUGUGGGAAGUAGGCGUGUCCUCGAUGUGAUGGACGUGACAACACAGAAGGGCAAGGAGAUGACUAUGAGGGAGUGGGUCCAGUAUUUCGAGAACCCAGAGCGGGAACGCCUCCUGAAUGUUAUCAGUCUGGAAUUUAGUCACACAAAACUGGAGAAUUAUGUGGAAUCUCCAACAUUGGUACGACAAGUCGACUGGGUGGAUACAGUUUGGCCACAAUACCUGAAGGAUUGUCAGACGGAGUCCACAAACAUCAUAGACAAAAUGAAAUAUCCAAAAGUACAGAAAUACUGCCUGAUGAGUGUGAAGGGCUGUUUUACCGACUUCCACAUUGACUUUGGCGGGACAUCUGUGUGGUACCACAUUUUACACGGCCAGAAGGUGUUCUGGUUGAUUCCUCCGACAGAGAAGAAUAUUGACAGCUAUAUAACCUGGACAUUAUCAGGGAAACAAGGAGACUUCUUCCUCGCUGAUCAUGUAGAGGGAUGUCAAAGAAUAGAGCUCAACGAGGGUUACACUUUUAUCAUACCAUCUGGAUGGAUCCAUGCUGUAUACACUCCUAAAGAUUCUCUAGUGUUUGGAGGUAAUUUUCUCCAUAGCUACAACAUCGUGAAUCAACUGCGUGUAUCCGAGGUUGAAGAUAAGACUCAUGUGCGUCAGAAGUUUCGUUACCCUUUCUAUGCAGAGAUAGCCUGGUAUGUUCUUGCUCAAUAUCUCAAGUGUGUCACUGGGAAAGAAUAUCUUAACCUUCGGAAGCCUCCUGAAGAGAAGGAGUCUGAGGACAUCAACAUGGAAACGUUCUCAAAUGAUGACGAUUCACGCCCACCGUCAAGGUGUUCUCAGGAAAAUGGAUGUGUCGAUAAUAAACCUGUUGACUUGAAGGAUGUGAUAGCUCCAGGCACUCCCAAAAUGGCCAAGAGUGUUACUAUUGAAUUGACACGAAUCGACCAAUCACCAAUUAAACGAUCACAGAGUGACGAUGAGUGUAGUACACCUGGUAGACGACGAUCACCAAGGAAGUCUUCGUCAGACAGCUGUAGUUCAGCGGACACAGAAAUAUAUGAAAGACCUGAUGAAAUGGUUGUGGACAAUUUAAAUGAUGUUGACAAUGACAAGGACAAGAAGGUAGAAAAAGCUGUCUUUAGUGGUGUGAGUAAGAUGGAGGUAGCUAGUGCUGAUGUGAGUGAGGUGACUGGUGUAAGUGGUUCCAAGUCAGGAAAGUGGGUACAUCUGACAAAGUGGGAGCUACAAGGACUGCGCACAUUAAUUGAAUGGCUGGAGGGACUAGCACCCACCAAAAAGGGAGUUCCAAAAGAACUUUUGGAGCCAGACACUGUGCUAAAUGAAGCUAAGCAACUGUUAUUGGACCAUGCUGAAGAUAACCCUGCCUUAGCUGUCACUGGUGAACCUGUACUAUUCUGGCCUCCCUCCAAAAAGAAAAUUAAACCAAAAGUGAAACUAUCUGGGCCAAAGAAGGCUGCAGGGAAAGGCAGUCCAUCGUCAGGUGUUCGUCGGCGCAGGACACGGUGUAAGAAAUGUGAGCCAUGCACCAGGAAUGAUUGUGGGGAGUGUAAUUUCUGCAAAGACAUGAAGAAGUACGGUGGACCUGGGAGGAUGAAACAGUCAUGUAUCAGUAGGCAGUGUCUAGCACCUGUUAUCCCCCAUGCUGCUGUGUGUAUGAUCUGUGGGAAGGAUGACCGUAUCAAGGAGUCGGAGGGUUCAGACGAGACCAUCACAACACUGAUGGAGUGUGGGAUAUGUUGGGAGAUCGUUCAUCCGCCCUGUAUCAGACUAAAAUUUGAGAACUUGGACAACAAUGGUAAAGUAAAUGAGGACCUGCCAAACAGCUGGGAGUGCCCUAAGUGUUGUCACGACGGGAAGCAAGGACAGCUCAAGCCAAGGAUCUUUAAGGGUGUGGGUAAGAUAGGUAAGGGAGGUGAAGCCGCAAUGUCAUGUGACUCGCCUUGUAUGGAGACCAAUCACAUGAUCAAGACGGAGGAUGAGGAUUCAUCUGAGGGCAAAAGAGUAACAUCACGCCAGUCACCUCUGAUUGAGAACACAGACCACAAGCAUGAAGACAUGGAGAUGGAUGAAAGCAACAUUGAGACAGAGGAAGAAGAGGUUACACCCAAGGGAGAUAACUUGAAAGAUAUAAAGAGAAAAAAGACAAUUAAAACAAGUUUAUCUAAGGGAAACUUGAAAAAGGGGCGUAGUCCCUUGAAGAAAGUAAAAUUGAGAAGAUUAUCAGGUCAACAAAUCCCACAAAGACGACCUCUUCACUCCAUUAUGACUAAGCGAAAAUCUCCUGGUCAGCUCAAGUCUCCUGUUCAGCUAAAACCUACAAGUAAACUCAAAACUGCUGGUCAACUCAAGCUUAAAAAAUCUCCGGUCAAAAGGAAGCGAGACCAACUGAUUGACAGCCUAAGUCCUCGGGAACAGUUGGUGGGUAUUCCAGUUAUAACACGCUCAGGCAGGACGGUGAAGAAGUCGCCUCAGCUGACAGACGAAAACAUGUCAUCUGACAUACCACGGAAACGUGCCCGACGUGAGGGUCUGUCUACACCUACCGGAUCACCAAAACAUGCCCAAAAGACGAGACACUCGAGUCAGUCGCCUGGUGGUGGUGUUGGUGGUAGUGGAAAGCUCCGCCCAAGACCUCACAAUAGCUCUCCCGGGGGGUCGGGGGUUCAGGAUACUCCCGAGGGCGUUGGGCGCACAAAAAAGACGCCCAGAAAAAUGCUAAUGUACGCGGGAGGUAAUGCAACUGGUCAAAAAGAAACUACGCCUUCGACUCGACAAACCGUCGGUGUAGGAUCGGGCGUAAAAAGGAAGAAGCUAGCGGCGAAGGCUGUGGCAGGUGGGUCCGGAUGUUUGUCUCUCAACAUUCGUUCUGCGGCGCAGCUCAGAGGUGCCACGGGUGGUCAGACUGGCAAAAGUUCAACCCAGUCUGGUAAAGGAAGUGCAGCAUUUAUGUGUGGAAAGAGCAGUGGGGCAUUUGAUCCUUCACAGUUUAACUUGAAGGAGCCUAAGCUUGUAUUAGAGCGGUACGUAAUUAGACCAGCACCACCGUCUCCUCCGCCAGAUCAUCUGGAGCUGAAUACCGGUCGCAAACACGUCCUAAAGAGGAUGAUGUGGCUGAAGAUAUUUUCUUACCUGUCUAGUUCCGACCUUGUCCGAUGUAUGGCAGUCAACAAGAUGUGGUACCGCUGGUGCCUUCACCAUACACUCUGGAUGUAUAUAGACAUCAGCAAUAGGAGAGUAUUACAGACGCAUCUCAUCGGCAUUGUUAAGAGGCAACCUUUCUCACUAAAACUCGAUUCUGUUACUAUGACACAGAUGCAGUUGUCAUGGUUACUCGCACGCAUUCCACAAUUAAAGGAGGUGUCCUUGGCGUCUUGUUCCUGGGCUACUGUUAGUGCCCUCUGUCUGUCCUGUCCACUCCUGGCAUCUCUCAAUCUCAACUGGGUGUCGGGUCUGUCUGAGGAUGGGUUUCAAGACAUCAUCACCCCUCCAACAGAGCGAAUACCAGGCAUGCAGGACGUCAGUCGUCUGCAUUGCCUUAAAGUGCUGUGCUUGGCGGGCACUGGAAUCACGGAUUCAUCUCUAGCUUUGAUGGCAGAGCAUCUGACAAGAAUGGAGAACUUGGAUCUUAGCUACUGUACUAAACUUUCAAAUGCAGGUAUGGAGGUGCUACUGUCGCCUCAUUGGUCAAUUCAUAAGACAAUAAAAAAGAUGGACCUCUCUGGUUGUCGGCGGAUCACGGAAGCCGUCCUCGACCUCCUUUCCGCAUGUAACAAGUUGCGACUUGUUGUUGCCCGAAAUUGCACAGGUAUCUCAAAAAACCAGUUCGUGAAGGCAUCGUCGUCAUCGAAUAUAACUUAUAUCACGUGAUAUAUCAUGUAGAUUUGCCGGCAUGUAAUGCAUCGGUCGGAACUGUGUCGUCGACAUCCAACAUCGCGAGAUAUCCCAUUACUUGUGUUACAUGAUACAUGACAUUAAAAGACCUAAUCAUGAUGCAUUUUGAAAAUGUGCCGUAACCAUCCAACAUCACCAAUCAGGUGAUACUAGAAACCAUAGACCUACACGUGAUGCAUAUUUAGCUAACCAUCAUCAAAUGGUGGAUGUUUCAAAUCUCCCUACGUCAGUUGUCAGUCCGUUAACUAUUCUCGUUAUGGCUGUUUCUUGGGAAGUACUCAACCAAAUUUUCUCAAAUUUCACAUAAAUAUUCCCUAUAGUCCCUAGUUGUGCACUCUUGACUUGGAACUGACGAGAAAAACAAAUUGGCUGAUAGGCGACUAUCUAAGUUUUGACAAUACAGUAUUUUUAUUGCUUUUUCUCGAGAAGAACUCGAUGGAUCUUUUUUUUAAUUUUGAAUUAUGUUUCCUGUAGUCCUCAGAUUUUUAAACUUACGAGAAGAACAAAAUGGCUGGCAGGCGGUCAUUUUUUAUUUAUGCAAUGAAUGUUAUCGUUAUUUCUUAAGAAUUACGAGUUGAAAUUUUCAGAAUCUAUGUAUGUAGGUUCCCGUGGGUCCUAUGCCCUUUUCAAGUUAGAAUUGAUCUGGGGUGGGGGGAUAGCUGACAGGCGACCAUCUUCGAUUAAAAAUUAGUAUCACUAUUCCUUACGAAGUCUUGUUUUAAUUUUAAAUUUCGAAUUAAGAGCAAGAACCGAGAAAAGUAUAGGAAAGAGUAGAAAAGGUAAAACUUGUAAAGAACAAACAAUGGUGGGCGCCAAGAUCCAUCCGGGAUCUCUUGUGUAAAUGUGCCGUUACCAUCCAACAUUAUGUAAAUCACGUGAUACCAGAUGUCAUAGACCUACAUGUGAUGCAUUUUGUAAAUGUGUCGUCAUCAUCCAACAUUCGUACAUCACGUGAUUCAUCAUGUAAAUGUUCAUUGUAUUGUCAUCAAUAGCCUACACAACAUGCAUUUUUUAAAGAUUUCGUCAUCAUCCAACAUUACACAAACCACGUGAUACAUGUAUGGUAAAAUGUGUUAUGCAUUCAAAGUACAAUGUAUUUAUAACAGUAAAAUGUGAAAAAUAAGGUUUUGUAGAAUAAUACGCACACAAACACCUGUCGGAACUGCCAUGAAUCAUUUGGAAAGUUAAGAUUUAAUGAUGUUGGUACCUUUAAGUUACUUUUGAAUUAUGUUUUCAUAUAAUGAUCAUAUUUAAAGGAAAGCCAGCUACUUGAACCCGCUGUGUAUUCCGUCUCCAGCGAAGCUAGCGAUGUGUACUGAAAUGGACUCGGGCCAUCCGUCCGGAUAUCUAGGAACGAAUGAACGGAACACUACUUAGUGUUUAUGUUAGGGAUGGUUUAUAUCGCCUACGUUUCAUGCUUUACCUGAAAAAAAUAUAGUAAUUGCGCAUAUCAUAUAUGGGGAAAGUGUAGAAAUCUCAUGCAUCGGUGAGUUGUGUAACUUGGGUUGGAGAAUGAGAGACUGCUUCUUGCGAAUGCUGAGUUCGACCUACUUUUUAUUCUUCAAUGUCAUAGUUCGAAAUCUGGUGUAGAAGGAAACUAUUUGGAAAUCUUGUACUCGGUUAUGUGUUGCGUUGGAUGAAUUCUCUGAGCGGGAAACAUCAAUCCUGAAUGUUUGUACCAAUAAGGUAUAGUUAUAGGAUGGACAGUCUCGCAUUGUGUAUUUGGGUGAAUAUUUUCCGGAUACAAUGGUAAUAGUAUGGACAGUUUCGCAUUGUGUAUUUGGGUGAAUAUGUCUAGGGUACAAUAAUGUGGACGGUCUCGUACGCCGUAUUUGGGUGAACAUGUCUAGGGUACAAUAAUGUGGACGGUCUCGUACGUUGUAUUUGGGUGAAUAUGUCUAGGGUACAAUAAUGUGGACGGUCUCGUACGCUGUAUUUGGGUGAAUAUGUCUAGGGUACAAUAAUGUGGACGGUCUCGUACGUAUAUGUGGGUUGAAAUGUCAAGGGCUACUAAUCAGGAUGUUAUCGGAUGUUGUAUUUGGGUAGAGAUGUCUUCUGUCCUAUUUUGGGUGGAGGUGUCUAGAAUCCAGAAGUCUGGGCGAUCUCGUACGUUGUAUUUGGGGGACAGUCGUGUUGGAGUUACUUGCCCUUUGUGAUAUGUUUAUACGGUUAAAGUAUUAAUGUUAACAUUUAAAUCAUUAUUCUGAAUUAUGUAGAUAUAUUUGCGUUGCUUACUUUCAUACCUCCGAGUACAUGUCAUCAAACAAUGUGUUAAUGUAUACAUCGACAUCUCCGUGGUGACGGUGGUACUUUGACCUAAAAUAUCAAUAUUACGGAUAUAAUCUAUAAACAGCUAUGGUUUCAGUUAUUGUUCCAAGGUGAACUAUUUUUGUAAACAUUUAGUUUUCUGCCUAAGACGUAAGUAGAUCUUUCCCUGUCAGGCAGAUUUAAGUACAGAUGUUGUUUCCGAAUCAGGCAGAUUUAAGUACAGAUGUUGUUUCCCUGUUGGGCCGAUUUAAGUUCAGGCGUUGUUUCCCUGUCAGGCAGAUUUAAGUUCAGGCGUUGUUUCCGAAUCAGGCAGAUUUAAGUACAGAUGUUGUUUCCCUGUUAGGCAGAUUUAAGUACAGAUGUUGUUUCCGAAUCAGGCAGAUUUAAGUACAGAUGUUGUUUCCCUGUCAGGCAGAUUUAAGUACAGAUGUUGUUUCCCUGUCAGGCAGAUUUAAGUUCAGGCGUUGUUUCCGAAUCAGGCAGAUUUAAGUACAGAUGAUGUUUCCCUGUCAGGCAGAUUUAAGUACAGAUGUUGUUUCCCUGUUAAGCAGAUUUAAGUACAGAUGUUGUUUCCCUGUCAGGCAGAUUUAAGUUCAGGCGUUGUUUCCGAAUCAGGCAGAUUUAAGUACAGAUGUUGUUUCCCUGUCAGGCAGAUUUAAGUUCAGGCGUUGUUUCCCUGUCAGGCAGAUUUAAGUACAGAUGUUGUUUCCGAAUCAGGCAGAUUUAAGUUCAGAUGUUGUUUCCGAGUCAGAUUUAAGAUGACGUUUCCAUAUCGGGCCGAUUAAAGCCGUAUUUUCCAUUUCAACAAGAUUUGUGUAUUGACGUGUUAAUUGUUGCUCUUAUCCUGUAUCAGAUGUCAACAUCGGUAUGGUGAAGGAAAUAAAGUUCCAUAACGUUAGAAAA